GACUCACAACUUCACUUGAGGCUCUAUAUACACAUCUAUAAGAUUUUAUAUCAAAUUAGGAAGUAACUAUACACACACACACAAGAAGAACAGUGGAUCCAAAGACAGAAGAGAUUCAAGAAUGAAAUUUCAAUGGUUUUGGAUAUCUGCUGCCACUUUGUUUGCAUGCUACAUAUUUGUUAACAAAGUUUUGAGGAAUUUGAAUGAUUGGUAUUAUGAUCUUAAAUUCAGAAAAACACCAAAUCCAUUGCCACCUGGUGACAUGGGAUGGCCUUUAAUUGGAAACCUCUGGCCCUUCUUCAAGUGUUUCUCAUCUGGUCACCGUGAAACAUUCAUCAACAACAUUGUUCUCAGAUAUGGACGAACUGGUAUCUACAAGACACAUUUAUAUGGGAGUCCAAGCAUUAUUGUCACUGCACAUGAUAUGUGCAAGAAAGUCCUAAAUGAUGAGGUGACCUUUAAGCUUGGUUAUCCAAAAGCCGUCACUGUACUAGCAUACAAUAGGAUACUAAGUAGCGAACAUGGACGCCUUAAGCGACUAGUCACGGCUCCUAUUGCCGGUCACAAUGUAUCAACAAUGUAUCUAGAGCGUAUCGAAGAUAUUGUGAUCAACAAGCUAGAAGAACUGUCUAGCAUGAAACACCCUAUUGAGUUCCUUCCUGAGAUGAGGAAAGUUUCCUUUCAAUUUGUCGUUCAAAUUUUCAUGGGAUCUUGCGAUCAAGGUACCGUGAAUGAAAUUGGUGAUUUAUUUCAUGUUAUGAGUAGUGCCUUGUUCUCUUUGAUGCCCAUAAAUGCACCUGGUUUUCUUUUCAACAAAGCACUUAAGGCGCGCAAGAAGUUCGCCAAAAUAGUUCAAUCUAUUAUCGAUGAAAGGAGAAUGACAACAAAAAAUGGACAAAUUGGGGAAAAGAAUGAUUUAUUAAACAUUCUUUUGGAAAUUAAUGAUGAAGAAGGUGAAAAAUUGGAGGAUAAGGACAUUAUUGACUUGCUUAUAUCGCUUCUAUUUGGCGGUCACGAUUCAACUGCAGCUGGUAUGAUGUUGACAAUUCUGCAUCUCACUAAACAUCCACAUUGUUUGAAGAAAGCCAAGGAAGAGCAAGAAGAAAUCAUGAAAGCAAGACCAUCUUCGCAAAAACGAUUAAGUAUUGAGGAAAUUAAAAAAAUGGUUUAUCUUUCUCAGGUUUUUGAUGAAACAUUACGCCAUACGUCUGUCUUUUCACUUUUUCGAGAGGCAACGACUGAUGUGAACAUCAAUGGUUAUUUCAUUCCAAAGGGAUGGAAAGUGCUAGUUUGGCUAAGCGCUAUGCAUAUGACUCCCGAACAUCACUCAAAUCCAGAAGAAUAUAAUCCGUCGAGAUGGGAUAAUUAUAAUCCCGCAACAGGAACCUUUCUUCCUUUCGGAAUAGGUCGGAGGCUUUGUCCAGGAAGAGACUUAACCAGAUAUGAAAUGAUCAUAUUUCUACAUUAUUUCAUCCUUAAUUACAAGUUGGAGAGGAUAAAUCCAGAAUGUCCAAUGACUGCGUUGCCAUAUCUUAUGCCAGUAGACAACUGCCUCGCUAAGGUCAUAAAGUUGUCUGAUUCUUAAUUAGUUACUAAGCAAGUUUGAGAUUUUGUGUCAUAUAUUUGGUUAUAAAUCAACAUUUCUUGUAUGGCCUUCUAAAAGACCUAGGAUUUCUUAGUUUGACGUUUUUGUGUUACUACUUUGUGUAUGUAUUAAUUAAGCAUGAGAAAUUGUAAUUUCCCUUAUUAUUCUUCAAGAUGGUGGAAAGUAGGUAACAACUGGUUUGAGUAUGCUAUGGUUCGGAAAGUAGGUAACGCCACGGUGACUCAACUUGUUUCUGGUUUGAUCGUUGGAUAGGUGAUGCACCUCUUAAUUUGUGUCAUUUUUCCUCGUCUGUUUUCUUUGUCGACGCAAAAAGAGACAGUUAUUACGGAGGUUUAUGUGGGAAGAAGAACUUAUUGUGUCUAUGAAUGAGCUGAUGAAAUGGUGAAUGUGUAGCUAUUUGAUGACAGAUGCAGCUGGACACCGACUGCACUCCAGACGGUUCUUUUUCAGUUAAGUCCAACACCAACUUGUUAGCUAAGGAACUUUUUGUUGACGAGGCUGUUGAGGUGUCCGGGGUGUUGUUGGAUAUUAGGGACAACCCGGCUCCUUCUAAAGUCACUGUGUUCUUGUGGCAACUUCUCCAUGAUCGUAUCUCAACCAAGAAUAAUCUAGCAAGGCGUCGAAUUUUACAACCAGUUGUUUCUAUGGACUACAUGAUCUGCCGGAGACAGUUAGAGGCCUCUAUUCAUCUUUUCCUUCACUGUGAAUUUUCCUAUAACUAUUUGGUAUGAGGUUUUUAGGUGUCUUGAUGUUGUGAUUUUAAUGCCACCGAACCUGUAUAUAUUUGUUUGACCGUUUGAGUGACGCUGCAAAGACUAAGAAAUCAAGAAAGAGGUUUAGAUUGAUCUGUCAUACAACUCUAUGGUUGCUGUGGAAGGCUAGAAACGACGCAGUCUUUAAUAACAAGGCAAUGGAUAAAAAGCUGUUAAUGGAUGACAUAAAAGCGACUUCUUGGCGAUGGAGUUUAGGUAAUUUAAAAGCGACACCGUGUAGCCUAGAAGACAUUUCUAAGUCUUUAAGCAGCUGAGGAAGUGAUGUUGUUUUCGGCUCUAGCUGCUGUCUACUUGGUGCCUGAUGUGUGGAAGUGUUUGUCUUUUGGCUGGUGUAGGUUUUUGGGGUCUAUGCUGCUUACUGUGUGUUGAGCCUUUUAUUGUUUUAAUACGUCUCAAGUAUGAUUACUUUCGGUAUAAGAAAUUUAUGGGAAAAAAAUUGCCUUUGGGUUUUGUAUUUGUUAGACUUCUUUUAUGAAUUAUUUCUGUUUUGAUCAAUUAUAAUGUUAUAUUCUGUUAUUUGAA